AUUUAUUUGAAAGCGAUAUCUUAGGCAUUUUAGGUCAGAUGUAUCCCACCACUCGUAUUAACGCAUAUCUUCAUAUCGUGUGUCUUUUGUAAUGUAUAGUUAAAGCAGUCGAGUAAAAUUCUUGAUAACUUUAUUAUUGGAACAAAUUGAAUUUCUUUCAAAAAUGUUUGCUGAACUUUUACCAUUUUGGACGAAAUAUGGAUAUCAUAUAUUAAUCUUUAUCAUAUCUUCCGUUUUUUUAAAAGUUUUUUAUGAAAUAUCGAGAAAGGGCGCCGUUCUUAUUCAGAAUAAUAAAUAUAAUUUUAAUACCUUGAAUAAUACAGUACAGCAGCUAGAAGAAACAGAAGAUAGCGAAGAACCUGCGCUACCAAAAGAUUUAAAACACAUUCCAUACGAAUAUCAAAGACCCUCUGAAGCAGAGUUACUCUCUAGAGCUUCCAGGUUUUAUAAAAUAGCAGCUUCUAGAAGAAGUGUAAGAUUUUUCAGUUCAGACCCUGUACCAAAAGAAGUUGUACAAGAGAUAAUAAAAGCUGCAGGUACAAUAUUAUAUUAUUACAUUCAAAAAACUUCUUGUACAUCUGAAUCUGUUUUAGGCACUGCGCCUAGUGGUGCUCAUACAGAACCAUGGACAUUCGUAGCGGUAUCAAAUCAAAAGAUGAAAGAGCAAAUACGGUGUAUCAUUGAAACAGAAGAAGAAAUUAAUUAUACAAAAAGAAUGGGAGUAAAGUGGACAACAGAUCUACUUCCAUUAAAAACCAAUUGGAUUAAAGAGUAUCUGACUACCGCUCCUUAUCUGAUACUGUUAUUUAAACAAACUUAUGGAAUUUUACCUAAUGGAAAAAGAAAAGUUCAUUAUUAUAAUGAAAUAAGCACAUCGAUUGCUUGUGGUAUCCUUAUCGCUGCUAUACAGUACGCAGGUUUGGUAACUCUGACUUCUACUCCAUUAAACUGUGGACCUGCCAUUCGCAACCUUCUUAAACGUCCUCCCAACGAAAAGCUUCUUGUACUAUUGCCAAUUGGGUAUCCAGCGAAAGAUGCAACAGUGCCUGAUUUUCAGCGAAAACAAUUAUCUGAUAUUUUAGUAGAAAUUGAUUGACAUGUAUCGACAUAUCAUCAAAAUUAAUUACUCUCUAUUUAAUAAUAAUACUUUUAUCAGAAUACUUGGAUGCUUGUGGGAUAAUAUAAAAUAGGUGUACACACAAUCAUAGAUUUAUACAAAUCCUGUUUUUUCUUUUUUUUUUUAUAAAAAAACUUAUAUUUUUUUGAGUAUUGUUUGAUACUUAUGAAUACCUUACAUUACACUUUCGCAAAUAUAUAUAUAUUAUUUAUUAUAAUUAUAGAAUAUAGUUUUCCUUGGUCAAAGACAUGACUUUCAAUCUUAUAAAGUUAUCCUAAAAUGUUCAAAAGGGAAAGUAAUCCCUGAAAUAUAGCACCCAAAGAAGUUCUCUAUCAUUAUGUAUUAUCUUUCUGCACUCGAGAAAAUAUUCAUGGCACACAAUAAGACUGUCUGAAGUUAGUGAUUCGUUUGUUUAUAUAAACUAAUGUUUAUUCAAAUUUGCAUACAGUGUGUUAAAGGUAAGCAAUAUAAAAUGUAAGUUCACCACUUUCAAUCAAUUCAAACUCAAAAAUUGUUUAUAGACUAAUUCUCGUGUUACCUAAUUACGCAAUUCCACUUUAUUAAGUGAUCCUAAAAUUAUUGAUAAAAAAAAAAAAAAAAAGAAAAAAAAGAGAGAAAGAAACAAAUUACAUCAAUGAGUACCAAAUAUCACCACAGUAUCUUAAAUUAAGUACAUUCGAUAUAUAAAAUAUAAAAAUACUGAGCUAACAAUAAAGGGCAUAUAGAAUAUAAUUUUCUGCGGUACUGCGAGUCUGUAUGUCAUAGCUAUACUGCUACUAAUGGCUGUGUCAUUAAGUGUAAAAGCUUUAGUAUCAUGAUACAUUACAGAUAAACAGGUAGUGUUCUAUUUUAUCGCUAUUUAUGAAA